AUGCCUUUGGGUUUACAUCCGCGCGUGCUCCUGGGCCACCUGUCCUUACUCUUCCAACGCUCUCCGCCCGAGAAUGAUGGAGCAGACGAACCUCAGCAACCCUCCACACCUUCGAGUUUAGAUCUACAUGCGCUUUUCGCCCGCCUGUCCUCGCUUUUGCCUCAAUCUCGACUCAGCACCGACGAGGAAACCGAGCCUCAUCCCACAACCCCUUUGGGUUCAUGUCCAGUUGCGCUCAUGGAUCUCCUAUCCUCACUCUUCCGCUCUCAGCCUCACACCAUGGAAGAAAUCGAGCUCCCGCAACGCCCAAUGCAUCGUCAUGUUGUCAAAGUACCUGCAAUGCGGGACAGGGAGGUCUUGUUUGUUGCUGAGCCGCGGCCACAGAAUCAUCUACACACUCAGCCUAAUGGUACUAUCACCCCAGGUGGAAGACCUGCGUAUUCACUGCCCGUCAGAAUGUUAGCCCAUCUCGUGCUUUUUCUCUGCUGCGCGUCUCCUCAACACCCUGGUGGCAAUGUACACAUAACACAGCAGCAGCAAGGUCAAUCGCAAGGUCCAGUCCAGACCCAGGCUCCGUCACCACAGACUCAGCCUUCCGUCCCGUUGGCAUCGACGUCCACGGUGCCUACUGCUCCUGAUACUCGCACAACGCUGACACGUGCAGCAACCGCAUAGCUACGGCCGCUUCCAUUGCGGGUUCAUUUUGUGCUUUUUGCUGUGCAUCUCCCCCACAUGCAUAUAGGCAUCAACACUGCAGUAUGAGGACACCCGUCUCAUUUGUUUCGGUAAUCAUCGUUGUGUCAUCGAUCACACCGAGAGUGUUU